AUGCUCUUCAACGUCCCUCGCUCGUCUCGUGCGGGUGGCCUCCAAGUGAGAGCCCUCGCCAACAACCAUGCGAAGGCAAGCCAUUACGGCCAGACUCGCGGCUUUCGCUUCCGCGCGUGGUCCACCUACCUAGACCCCGAGUUCCAACGACAGCUGCGACAGCACCAGCGCAACGUGACCUACAAGUAUAUGGAGUCAAUCAACCGAAAGAUAUCAUGGGACCCAAGCUCGCGUGGCGAGGAUUCAAGAAUACUCAUGAAGAAGAUGAUGUCGCAGUGCUGGAUUAGACACGGUCACACCCAUUCGAAAGGAAGCCGCGGGCCGAGCGAUAAAGCAAGCGGCGAAGAAGGAGUUCGCCCUGGUCAAAACAUUGAAGACGUCGAGCGCGGUGCUAUCAACGCUUUAUUCUCUUCCAAGCGAACGGGACCCUACGAAUAUGACUUGUGGCAGUCACCCCUGCAGAACAUUCGCAACUACCUGGGUAGCCAGACUCGCGGCAAGUCGACGACCUCGGCCAGCCGGGGUGCGGAGUUCGAAAUUGAUCCUAUCACGAAUCGAAGGGUUUCACCAGAUUCGGCCGUUGAAAGUAGUUCCGCCGCAGCCAACGAGCCGUUCUACGAGGACGGCCCACCUCCGCCGGAAGAGCUUAAGCGGUACGGUCAGGUCCCGCUCGAUGGUACCCCGUGGGCCGACAGUGGAGAUGCGGGGGCCCCGCAGUAUUCGGACCUGGACAAGUACAAGCCCGUGAUGGACGAGAAGCUCGAUGCGGGACAACAGAAACCAGCAGCGUCCGAAUACGACGACCUGCAUAAGUACACACCAGUAGGGCUGAAGGACUUUAUCAAGGACGACGAAGCCGGACAGCCAAAAUAUGAGGACCUUCACAAGUAUUCCAACCCAUCCCUCUCUGACGGGCCCCCUGAGGAGCUCUCUCAGCCUGCCUACGAAGACCUCGAUAAGUACCGCCCUGUGAUGCACAAUGAGGACGCAGAAGUCCCCGAAGCACAGGAGAGGUAUUCGGAUCUGAAUAAGUACGGGCCAGUGAUGCACAACGAGGACAAGGACGCCAAGGAUACGUUGUCCUACGACGACCUACACAAGUAUGGCCCUAGUGGUUACAACGAGGCCGAGGGCGGCGCUCGCCCCUUGAGUGCCGAGGAGAAGUCGAAAGACUACGACGAUCUACAUAAAUACGGCCCUAUGGGGUACAACGAGCCCCAUGGAGCGCCCCCUGUGCAUCCCGAGGAGGCUUCCAAAGCAUACCCUGACCUGGAUCAGUAUGGGCCCAUGGCGUACAACGAGCCGUUCGGUCGGGCACCCAUACACCCAGAAGAAGCCUCCAAGGCUUAUACGGACCUAGGAAAGUACGAGCCUGUGGGCUGGAACGAACCGCACGUGCAUCCGGAAGAGGCCUCCAAGCAGUACACCGAUCUGGGUACCUACGGCCCGGUUUCCUUCACUCGAGGUGGGAAGGCACCGGAGGGCGUUACUGCCACAGUUGCUCCAGAAGACUUGGCUCGUCACAGGCCUGUUCAAUACGACGAGCCCGAGGGUCAACGUCCCAAGCCAGAUUGGGAUCAGACUGCGUUCGAUGAGGCGAAGAAAUAUGAGUCAUAUCGGCACAACGAGCCAGAUGGACAGCCGGUCGAGAUCAUAGAUCCUGUAUCUAAAGGCCUAAGCGAUUUUGACGCGGAAAUUGCGGCAAAGGCGUCAAGGACGACGACGGCGGCAGCAACAGCAACAGCAGCAGGGGCGACUACAGGAACGGCAGGGGCGAGCAAGCGCCUCCUCACCACCUCCGCGACAGACCAAGAAAGAGCUGACGAUUUGGACCUGCUGCGCGCAAGCGAUAUUCGAGCCAAGAUCCCGACCUCUUCUGGCCAGUCUCGUAGGGGUUACAGCACUACUAACCGGCAAAUGCUCGAGGCUGACCUACCGCGGUACGAAGUGAAUUGGGAUAUUUCAAGCAAGGCAGCUCGCGUGAGUCUGCGCAAGGCUAAAAACAGGGCGUGGGAGAACAUCCAACCCAAGGAAGACUUGACCGGCAACUAUUUCAGGGAUUUUCCAGAGGAUUUCUCCAGAUCAUGGACCAAUAUUGUGGCGGAAAGCCCAAAGGCAGAGGACAGCAAGUAUCAGAGCCCCCAGGGUGAUGACGUCGAAGCUGCUUCCUUCGAUGAGAGCUUUCCGAAAUUGGAGCCGGCGUUGAACAGGGCCUCUGCUUUCAAGUCGCAACGUGUAGCAGGAAAGCAGGGUCUGCCUGAUAUGUACUCUACAGAGCCCCAGGGCCUUGAGCUGAGCUACUCUGAGGAGUGUGGUGGCAAGCAAACCUGGCCUUCCUAUGUGCGAUCGUACGGCACAGCGUCAGACGCCGCCGCAGAUGCUGCAGCUUCGGAGAGUGUGUCGACCUCGGCCAAGGAGGAACUUCGUGAGCCUGUUGUUUACAAGAUUCUCGCCUACGACCCGACGAUGCAAACCAUCAACACAGCAGAGACUACUUCGGUGGUACCUGACAGCGCGACGCCACUGACACCGGCCGAGGUUCUCCUCCGCUUGUCCAACCCGACAAAGUUCUUCCCCUACUUCAGCCCGCUCCAGAAGGAAGGCUACGAAAUCGUCUCCGGAAGCGGAGACGUCCUGGUUUUCCGCAAGGUCCGCGAGGCAGAGAUCACCCCUUUCACUCCUACGAUCGAAAAGCCGACGACCUACCAGGCUCCAAAGGUGAACCCCAUCGACAUGAUGGGGAGCGACCCCGUGGUACCAAGCGCUUACUCCUCGAGUCCAACAGGCUAUCUGAACUAUGAUUAUCCGGGAGCGGAGGCGGAGGACAAACCCCCACCACCCUUUAGCGCAGUGAGGAGACGCAACACGAUUUCAUGUGACCGUCAGGAUUUUGAGGCUCCUCGAAGGCCGAAGAAGCGCAGGGCCAGGAAGAUUCUUCUUGGCGCUGCGUGGGUCGGCGGGAUCUCAUACGCUAUUGGUGUGGUUGGGGAGUAUUUCAACACAGGAGGCGAGGACGGUCGUGGCCCCAAGAGGCUGUAG